AUGUACUCCGCUCAGCAAACCCGCGCUGAUGAUGCGACAAUCAAUCCAGCCGCGCUCAGCUCACCUGUUAUAAGUAUAUCACAACAGCCGCAGCGUACACUGAAGCGCAGCCAUUCUCCAGGACUUUACGAUACGCCGCAGCCUGGCAACGAUGGUGAUACGAAACCAUUUCGAAAACGAGCCAGACCGAUGAAUAAACGAUCUUCAGGGAGCAUUUCCGAGGCUCCCGGGCAGGCUGUGGCCUCGACCCAUCCUCAAGCGAUUCAUCCACCGCAGACUCCUCAGUCUCAAGGUUCAGCGUUGCCCCAAGUCAGUCCUGCCUACACACCAGCACAGACGCAGAUGCCGCCAAAGACCACACCAACAAAGUCAACUCUCAAAGCCCUGCCGACCGUUCGCGAUCACACAACCGACCAGCUCAACGCAAGUGGAGACGAAUACUUACCUCGCGAGAUCGACGAGUUUGGAGAGAAGAAAGUCCAGCCCAACGGUACGCUGAAUGGAGGACGUGAAUACAAGUGCCGGACCUUCCUGGUCCCCAAUAGAGGGGACAAACUUUUCAUGCUUGCUACUGAGUGCGCCAGGGUUCUGGGCUACCGAGACUCAUACCUCCUUUUCAAUAAGAAUAGGUCUCUUUUCAAGAUUAUCGCCAGCCAGGCCGAAAAGGAUGAUUUGGUCCAGCAAGAGAUCCUCCCGUUCUCAUAUCGCUCCCGACAGAUUGCCAUCGUUACUGCUAGGUCUAUGUUCCGACAGUUUGGAAGUCGUGUGAUUGUCAACGGUCGAAGAGUCCGCGAUGACUAUUGGGAAACCAAGGCCCGGAAACAAGGAUUCACGGAGGCUGACCUUGCCGGUGAGAAACGCCCAGGUGCCACAAAGGCAAGAGAGGCGGCCGAGGCUCAGCAGAACAACGUCUUGUUGGCUGGUCCCCACCCGGAGAUUGUGUACAGCAACAACCCAGGACCGUUCCCCGGCCCCCCGCAGCCGCAUCUUGUUCAACCAGGUAUGAUCGGACCACCACCCGGAACUACGACAAGAAUGCCCGGAUUGACACUAGGAUCAGACCUUAACGACUCCCGACCACGUGAUUAUUCGGGAAUCCUCAAAGGCGGACCUCGCCAGGAGAUCACCGGCCCUGCUUACCAAGACCAGACUCGCCCCUCGCCCCUCGGGGAGCUGAAUGCCCAAGCCCACCACGCCGCCGAUUUCAACAGAUCUGUUAACCAGCAGCGGGAUAUGCGGAACGAUUAUCUUCAAGGACUUUGGCGCCGCCCACACGAGCAGCCCCCUUCCAAUCUUACCCAGCAGCCUGUGGCACCUGCCGAUAAUUCCAAUGCUGCGACCAGUAGGCCUUCGCACUCGCCUCACACGACGGCCACGGCUAUGUCUCAACAACCUGGAUUGGUAUCCACCCAGAGCCCUCAGAUGAUGAUGACCACAGCGCCGUACUCCCAGUCCAUCAGUGCCCAGAGCAGCCUCAGUCAGGCACCCAUGAGAGGUAUGGCUCACUCACCAACACAGUCGAACAUCAGGCCAACGCUUCCAGGCUCAGCAGGCUCCUUGUCGCAGGGAACACCUGGCUACAACUAUCAAUCUGGACAGAUGUGGCCACAGACUCCUCAGGCACCCCAGCAUAGCUACGGCAGCUACACUGCUCAAUCCCAAGCACCUCACCCGUCGCAGUCACCUUCCUCGCAUCUCCGCCAGCCCAGCUCGGGCCAGAUGCAGAGUAUGCAAUUCCCCGGCAUGGCAGGUAUGCAGUAUGGCGCAAGCCAGAGCAUGUAUCCUGCAGAUCAAACACCUCGACAGUAUAUGCCUCAGCAGGGUGGUGCUGGAGGGCCGUCGGUCUCCCAAGGUUGGUCUGGUCAGCAUUCGCCAGCCCAGCAAUGGUGGACUCCUGGGCAACAGCCUCAGUAG